AUGGAAAAUAAGAAUAAACCACCCUCACCGCCUGAUUCAACUUCCCUUCCUCCGCAUACAGCUGCAGCUCCCGGCAGUGAAGAACACAUCAGGCUCUCGCCGCCGCUGGACUCGCCGGAUAACUCACCGGCGGAUUCUCAAUCGUCCCCGUUCCACUCCAAAAUGGACAGUGGAGGGCAUAUUUCGAUGUCUCCCUCGACGGUGGGGUCCCCCCGUAACUCGCCGGCUCGCUCUUCGCUUGCCUCCGAUCAUGCCAACAUCAAUUGCAUCCCAGAGAACAGGAAUCUUUAUUCUCCGGAGAAUAAGCCUCCGCCGCCUGCCGCGCUGGUGAAGAGGGACGUGUUCAACGAGCCUGUGGAGAACAGGGUUGUGCUGGAGAAGCCUAUGGCAGUGGUGGAAAGGGCUGUUUUUGAGAAGAAUAAGACCGCGGCCAAGUCUGAUUCAGUUCCUACGGCGGUUGCAGGAGGCAGCGGCGGCGGCGGGGAGAGUGGGCGGCGGGGGUAUAGAUCUUCUCUGUCGAUAUUGAGGGGAGGUAAAAGAGAGAAGAUGGUGAAGAAAACUGCGCUGGGGUUCAGGAUUUUCGGAUUCCUCUUUUGCUUGGUCUCGUUUUCAGUUAUGGCAGCUGAUAGAAACCAAGGCUGGGCUCUUGAUUCAUUUGAUCGCUACAGAGAAUUUCGGUACUGUAUGUCUGUGAAUGUAAUUGGGUUUGUUUACUCAGCUGCUCAAGCUUUUGAUAUAUCAUAUAAUCUGGGAACUGGAAAGUAUGUAUUGCAUCAUCAACAGCCACUCCGUUUUUACUUCGAUUUUGGAGCUGAUCAGGCACGUUGUUACAUAUCCAUAAUUGCUUAUCUUCUAAUAUCGGCAUCUUCAUCGGCUGCCAUUCGUGUCGAGGACUGGCAAUUCAAUUGGGGAAAGGACAAGUUUCCGGAUUUGGCAACUGCUUCAAUAUCGGUGUCUUUUCUCGCUUUUGUUGCCUUAGCCAUUAAUUCACUCAUAUCUGGUUAUGCUCUUUGCACGUCCAACUCGUUGUAG